AUGGCGGCUUCUGCUCUAGCCAGGGCUCGUAUGUUGAAGAAUAGUUCUGCACUAAUUCCUGGCGCAAAAUCUAAUGAUUUGUCUAGUGACACAGCAAAACUAAACAGAGAGGAAACGUCUGAUGACAUGUCUAGUGACAUGGUCACACUGAACAAAUCAGAAUCUGUUGCAGCUGGUACCAGUAAACUGAUCAAAGGAAAACUCAAUCAGGAGAAAGUGGAACAAGCAAAUAUUGCUGGCUCUGUCAGAGUUCACAAGGCAGCAGCCAUCAUUCAGGCAUACUGGCGAGGCUACCGGACUCGGCACUUCAAUGCCCAAGUGGUCUCCAUACGCAAAGAGAUCAGAGCUCGGCGAGCAGAAGACCACAUCUUGUUGCUGAGGCAGGAUUUAGAGAGGAAUCGCAAACUUUAUGAAGAGGAGAAACAGCUACGAAUUCUUCAAAUGGAAGCCAUAAGACUUCUGUACCGAGAGGUUCAAGAUUUAAAGUCAAGAAGUCUGAACAGCACAGACAUGAGCAGCAACUCUGUCAACACAACUGUCAGGUUUAGCUCUGGUGUUGCCUCCCCUGCCACAACUGGCUACAGUGAAUUGAACAGGACUCAGGAGCUAGAGAGAACAUGUGUUGGUUUACAAAGCCAGGUGUCCCAGCUUCAAGAGGCCCUGGAGUCUGUGUCGUCUGCUGUGUUUAAGAUCAAUAGCUUGGAUAGUGCCAGUUUUGACAUCACAGAUCACUCUGACAAAAUCCGCAUCAGUCCAGUCUGUGAGAACAACCAAGCCAGUAACCGGCAGUCAGACAAGACUAGUCAGUGGGGUUGCAUCCCCCACUCUUUGUCUCCGUACCCUUCUGAGGAAGAUGAUCCUUAUUAUCUACAAGUCUCAGCUCGAGGAGCACCUACACCCCCUCGCCACCUGCAGCUGAGGCAUCACAGUCAUCACUCACUCAUGUUGUCGUGGCAACCACCCUCUUGCAGCGGACAAAAGUGGGAGGAGGAAGGCAACAAGCAUAUCAUAGGUUACAAGGUGUACGUCAAUGACCAGCUGAAAGCCUUUGUUUGCCAGAAGACAUCUGUUCUAGUUGAAGGUUUGAAUCCUUCCACCACCUACAA